AUGGUCUGCGUAGCUCUUACUUGGCACAUCCACUUCUUCAUUCUUUCCAUUGCCUUAGUCUCCGCUCAAGGUUCUUACCGCCGCAGGGCAGGCCAUGCAGUCAAACAAGCGGUUUUGGCGGGCGAUAAGCUUCUUGUCAACGGAGGCCUUGUAGCCAAUAUAUCAGGGGUGCCUAUUUACGGUUUGUGCACCUCUGAAAAUCAAACUUGGAUUAUUGGCCUUUCAUCCAGCUGGAAUAAUCAGACCUUGAUAUCAGUCCCGGUCCCCCGACCAACAAGCUUCGUCCCACUCGAAUUCGAAACGCUCUGGUAUGAUCCAAACUCAAGCUAUGUUUACUCUUUCGGCGGCGAGAUAUCUCAAGAUGGGUAUAUCCCUAAUCCGUAUGGUACAAUAACUAUACCUGAAGAGUCUAUAUGGCGGUUUUCGUUCGACGGCACAGGAGAAGACGGGCAAUGGACGGAGGCCUUAGGACCUACAGGCGAGAAAAGCUUCCCGUCCGAUAUCAAGAGGCCCAUCAUGGGAGCAUCGGCUUCAGAUAACCAAAACGCCUAUUACAUCGGCGGCGCAAUAUACAAGUGGACCACAAACGACGUUGGGAACAUGACUGAGCUGCACAACGUCCCCGGCCUCCUGCAGUUCGACUUCAGCACACAAACAUUGACGAACGACACAAAUGCAGUUCCGUAUUUUGCCUCUGUGUGGACUGAACAGAACCAGACGGUGAAUCUCGCAGGGUUGAUGACAAGCGUUCCCCUAUUCGGCUCCCAAGGCGUCUUCGUUCUAGUCGGUGGACAAAGCAAUGACACAGGGAAAACCGAACAGUGGUGGGAGACUGUUACAGUCUUUGAUCCUGCCAAAAAAUCCUGGUACAGCCAGAAAGCCACGGGCGAAAUUCCAGAGACAAAAGCAGGGAGAGUCAGAGAUGGGUCAUCAAACAACCAUUGCGCUUUUGGGGCUCAGAAUGACGACCUGGAAACAUUUGAGAUAUUCGUCUUCGGAGACUUUGAAGCCAUGCCAACUGCCCAGACGUACUACAUUCUCUCUCUCCCAUCCUUUACUUGGUUUGCCAGCAAUGUAAGUUCACUGCCGAGACGUGUUCAACACACCUGCACGGCGACGCAUAACAGACAAAUGAUCAUGGUUGGCGGCCUCGAUCCAGAUCAACGCAAUAAUAUUGAUCCACAAGACUGGGACGAAACGCCAGAUCCGUGGCACCAGGGCAUCGGCGUCUUCGACAUGACUGCCCUCAAGUAUACGGACGAGUACGACGCCAAUGCCGCUAACUACGUGGCGCCCCAAAUGGUGCAAGAUCAUUACAAAAACACUCGUUAUCCGAUGUGGGACGAUCCGAGCCUAAAAGACAUCUUCGAGUCGACAAGGUCUGGGAAUUCGUCGUCCAGCGGCCUGAGCGGAGGUGAGAUUGCUGGUGUCGUAGUGUCGGCAAUCUUUGGCCCUCUUUUGUGUAUCUUCAUUGUUGCAUUCCUGGUAAGAAGGAAGACAAGGAGAUCCCAAAGGGAACAAAGAGCGUCAGAACUUGGGGAACGGCGAUCGUCUCACGAUGUCGAGUUGGUUUCACUGCCCACCUACGAAGACGCGACUCACACACGCAGACGUGGUUUUGGAGCUCCAAUGUACAGCUCUCAAAAUAGUCAAGAGCAGGUUUCAACACCACUGGGUGAUCCAGCUGGCCAAGACGGUAGCGGUUGUGGACCUUCAACAGCUAUUCCACAGCCGCGAGUCCCGCUCGCACCUGAGAUGCCAUCACAGGACAAAAUUCGCAAGUAUACAGGACCAUUUUUGGCAAUAGAUCAUGACGCUCAAUUCUACCUCAACUCUGUACUGCGUCUGUAUCAACUGGGCGUAAUGAUACCCUCAGAUAGUCCUCCAAGCACGGAAUGA